UUUAAUGCAUGUGGAACCCAUUUCCAUACAUGUUUUAAAGCUUGAUUUGUGUCAUUGUUUUAGAUGUUUGCUUUAUGUUGUAUAGGUUUUCCUACUGCAUUCUUAUAGUUGGCUUCGCCUUUGUGUUUGUGCCUUUCAGCUGCUUAAUUUCUUAUUGCUAUAUAUAAUUUGCAUAAUUUAGCAUAAAGCAGCACCUUCUGUUUUUCUCACAUCCCACCAUCUGACCUGAUCAAAAAGUGUAUAGUGUUUAUUUAUUAGUAAAAAAAUUUUUUAUUAUAUUUACUGCAUCCAACAACCUUGGAACUUAAGAGAAUCAUCCUGGCUGUCUGGAUUCAGGCUGAUACUGGUUUUAUAUACUGAUAGUUUGACAGUUACGCAUUGUGAAGAGUUACCAGAUACAGAGAGUUUCAAAUGUCAGAGAUGAUGUCUAGUGUGAUUGUCCUCCAUCUCUGGACAGUGAUUGGCUGCCGGGAUUUGAAUGACAAACUGGACCUUUUCGUCUUUGAGUGAAUGACAUCGAUUUUGGAUAUAUCUAUAUAAUUCUGAGAGUCCUCUCAAAACCAAAUUUUUUACACUGGAUUUAUUUGGCACACUAUCAAACUGAACUUCUUUUGACUUUAUUUGCAUCUUUCGUUAUUGGUUGUUAUGCUCUAAAUCCUUUGUAGUAAAAUUUUUAACAAUACAAACAUCUGCCUUAAUGGGGGCUGCUCGAGUGAAGCGACGCUUCAGUGCGGUCGUGGACACUCCUUUGGACGAGGAGGAAGUCAUGAGGUUGGCUCAAAGUGAUGACGUCAUUUCGCCCUCCAUAAGUGAGCCUCCAUCUUCCAACUGCAAUGGGAAAGUACUUAAUCUUCAACGUUGCAACGGAGGAAGGAGUGGAGAAAGGGACGACGAUGAUGAAGAUGAUGAUGGUGGAGAAGGAGGAGGAAGGAGAGGAGGAGAAAGGUGUGGCCCAGUGCUCAGGGGUGAGGCUCGGGCAGAAGAAAGGUGGGAGAAGAUAAGACCAUCAUCCUCACCUUCUCUCUCGCCCUCGCCGGCCCGUGAUCGCCAGUGCCGCCAGCCCCGCCGGCGCUUUGUAGGCAAGGACGGGCGCUGCAACGUCACUUUCGUCAACAUGAGCGACAGGGGCCAGCGCUACCUCACCGACCUAUUCACCACCUGUGUGGACAUUCGCUGGCGAUGGAUGUUCGUGGUGUUCACCCUCUCCUUCUUGCUCUCCUGGCUUCUCUUCGGUUUUGCCUUCUGGCUCAUCGCCGCCGUUCACGGGGACCUGGCUCCCCCAGCAUCAUCUUCACCUUCAUCUAUUUCUUCUUCUCUCGCUCCUCUGGAAGCUGAAAGGGGUUAUGGUCCAGCAGUGACAGAAGAGACGGAGGAACACUGCUUUCAGCAGGUGAACAGUUUCAUGGCAGCGUUCCUCCUCUCUUUGGAGACACAGACGUCCAUUGGCUAUGGCUUCCGGAGCGUUACGGAGGCCUGCCCCCUGGCGGUGCUGGCUGUCGUCUUGCAGUGCAUUGUGGGCUGCAUCAUCGACGCUUUCAUCAUCGGGGCGGUAAUGGCUAAGAUCGCCAAGCCCAAGAAGCGUAAUGAGACACUGGUGUUCUCGAAUAUGGCAGUUGUGGCCAUGAGGGACGGGAAACUCUGCAUGAUGUGGCGAGUGGGAAACCUGCGCAAAAGCCACCUGGUCGAGGCGCAUGUACGAGCACAGCUCCUGAAGCCACGGUUGACCCCUGAGGGCGAGUUCCUGCCAUUGGACAAUGAAGACAUAAAUGUCGGCUUUGACACUGGAACAGAUCGCAUCUUUUUGGUGUCGCCUGUGACCAUCGUGCAUGAGAUUAAUGAAGAGAGUCCAUUCUUCGAGAUGGACAGACGUACACUAGAGGGAGACAAAGAACUGGAAGUGGUGGUAAUUCUGGAGGGCAUGGUGGAGGCCACAGCCAUGACAACCCAAUGCCGAUCUUCAUAUCUGGCCUCUGAGAUCCUCUGGGGUCACCGUUUCGAGCCUGUGCUCUUUGAAAGGAAGAACUGCUAUCAGGUGGACUACUCCUACUUCAACAGGACAUACAAGGUUACGGACAUGCCCACCUGUAGUGCUAAAGAGUUAGCAGAGAGACGAUACAUCUUGGGAUCCCGUUCCUCUUUCUGCUAUGAGAACGAGGUGGCUCUGCAGCUCUCCUCCUCUGUCUCUCCCUGCCUUGAACAGUACUCUCCCUCCCCCUCGUCUGCACCCUCUCCGUCACCUUCUUGCGUACACCCCACACCUCCAUCCCGACAGGACUCCUGUAGUGAGCAUCCACAUAUACACUGA